UUAUGUUAAGUGCAUGUAUCAUGUGAUUGAUAAUUUGAUAUUAUAUCAUUGACUCUUGGGAGUUGAAAAUAGAGCACACGUAACAGGGAAGCCAUUAAUAUAUAGUUGAAGCAAGUAGUGAGAAGUAAAACAAGCUAAUAUGUGCGAGUGUUAGUUGAAGCUAAUGGAAAAAGUAAGUAUCGUAGUCCCUAGUGUUCAGGAAAUAGCCAAGGAGGCAUUAACCUCCAUUCCAGAGCGUUAUGUUCGUCCAGAUGACGAGCGUCCGGUCUUAUCUGCCACCACGACUAAUGAGCCUUUACCUCAAGUUCCAGUCAUUGACAUGGCUAAACUGUUGUCCCAAGAUCUCAACCAAUCUGAACUUCAGACCCUGCACCAUGCAUGCAAACACUGGGGUUUCUUCCAGCUGAUUAAUCAUGGAGUGAGCGGUGGAUUGGUGGAGAAUGUGAAGAAAGGUGUUGAAGAAUUCUUCAAUCUUCCAAUGGAAGAGAAGAACAAGUUAAGGCAGAAGGAAGGAGAGGCAGAGGGAUAUGGUCAGAUCUUCGUGGUGUCUGAGGAACAGAAACUAGAGUGGGCGGACAUGGUUUAUAUGGUGACUAUGCCACCUCACUUGAGGAAACCACACUUGUUCCCCAACCUGCCCCUACCAUUCAGAGAUAAUUUGGAAGACUAUUGCGGAGAAAUGGAAAAGCUUGCAGUGAAAAUGCUUGGCCUUAUGGCUGAUGAUCUUUCUAUACACCCCAUGGAAAUAAGGGACAUGUUAGGUGAAGCUGAGCAAUCAGUAAGGAUGAACUAUUACCCGCCGUGUCCGCAGCCGGAGCUUGCCAUGGGACUGAGCUCUCAUUCUGAUGGUGGUGGCCUCACCAUACUUCUUCAAGCCAAUCAAGUUGAAGGCCUCCAAAUUAAAAAAGAUGGACUCUGGAUUCCUGUUAGGCCCCUGCCUAAUGCAUUCAUCAUUAACAUUGGGGACAUGUUGGAGAUCAUAACGAAUGGAAUCUAUAGCAGCGUUGAACAUCGAGCAACGGUUAACUCAGAAAAGGAGAGGCUUUCCAUAGCAACAUUUUACAACCCUGCUUUAGAUGCUAUUAUUGGUCCCGCACCAAGCCUUGUUACUCCUGAAACACCGGCAGCGUUCAAGAGAAUCGCCGCCGGGGAGUACUUCAAAGGAUACCUCUCACAAGAACUGCGUGGGAAAUCAUUCCUUGAUAGCAUUAGGAUCCCAAAUGGAAAGUGAGGAAACCUCUUACAAGCUCAUAUUAUGUAAUAAGAACACUGAUAAUUGUGUAUGCUGAUUGUUCACGAUAAAAUACCGUGCUACUGCAUAUUCUAUACACUGCAUAAUUUUGUUGUAAACUUGUAAUAGUUACACUAAAUAACUUCAAUCAUGGAGACUAGGAGACUUCUCCAGCUCCUUAGCUUAUACCCAGAAAAAAAAAAAAGAAUUAUUAUCAUAAUUCAUCGGUUGCCACAUUAAGUGGAAUUUAUAUAUUGCCAUUAAUAAUUUUAU